CCAGACCCUCACUGGGGGACUCUAGGCAGGGGCUCUACCACUGAGUCAUACCCCCAGUCCCUCACUGGUGGAUUCUAGGAAGACAGUCUAAAGAUGAACUAAUGUAGCACACUUUUUACAUUUUAUUUUUAGAUAGGGUCUCCCUAAGCUGCCCAAGCAGCUUGAAUUCACUCUGUAUCCUUAGCUGGUCUUGGAUUACCAGUGCUGCCUCAGAUUCUGAAGUAGCUGGGAUGACAGGCCUGUGCCAUGAGGUUUGAUUAAAUUUACCCAUUUUUAUUUUUUCACUCAUUUGUAUAUUCAUUCACGAAUAUGUAUAGUGAUGGAUUCAGUGGGACAGGAUUUCAAAGUCCAGUUUAGCCUAAAGCAGUUUGUAGCAAGAAUGACCUUGAAUUUCUAAUCCUUCUGCCUUUACCUCAGAAGUGCUGGGGAAACAGUCAGGUACCAUCGUGCCUGGUUUAGGAGACACAGGGGGUGGAACCUUGAGCUUCAUGCAUGCUAGGCCAGCCCUCCACUAACUAAGCCGCAUCCUCAGCACAGCCCAGUUUUAAGCGCACAAUUCUGGGAGUAGUAGGGAUGCCCACAAUAGGCAGCCUCCACUUUGUCUAGUUCUAGACCUUUCUCACCACUCAAAAAAGAAGUUCUAUGUCCCUGAAUCCCCAUGGCCUUCUUCCUCCAGCUGGCCCAGCUCACGCACGCUCUUCUCUCCUGUCCCUGCCUGCUCAACUGCCUGACAACCUGGUGCCAGCAGGUGAAGGUACCUGCCAGCCAGGCCGUUCCUGGAAGCCAGCUGCUGCUGAGCAAACAGCCCCAGAGGGAUAGAGUGUCAACAGGGGCGGGGACAAGCCUUAGCUCCUCCUCCCUUUGCCCCUCCCUCAGCCCGAAGCCCAGGUGGGUCAUUGGCCAGGUGAGGCCCUGUGUACCUUCCCUGGCCUAGCGCUACCUUCCACGGCUUUACCCCAAACCGAAGCUUGGCCUCCAGUGGGGGCCAUGUGGCCGCGUGAAUGACCAGCCAGGCUUCCCACGAGGCAAGGCCUCUCAGGCCUGGGCCAAAGAGCUUCCUGCUCACCGAGAUGAGGAAUGCAUCAGGCUUUUUGAAAACAGCCGGAGCUCCCCUGGUGUCAGCGACCUGGCUUCCACCCAGCCCCCCUCCGACAAUGCCCACGGUGGCAGCCGGGCCGCAGAUGGAGCGCGUGGACAACGGCUCACAGGGGCCCCCCCAGCUCUUCCUCACCAGUGCAUUGGCCCGAGGCGUGUCAGGCGUGUUUGUAUGGACUGCUCUGCUCCUAACCUGCCACCAGAUCUACUCGCACCUGCGUUCCUACACCGUCCCACAAGAGCAGCGCUUCGUCAUCCGCCUCCUGUUCAUUGUGCCCAUCUACGCCUUCGACUCAUGGCUCAGCCUCCUCCUCCUCGGGGGCCAUCCAUACUACGUCUACUUCGACUCUGUGCGAGACUGCUACGAAGCAUUUGUUAUCUACAGUUUCCUGGCCUUGUGCUUCCAAUAUCUGGGGGGAGAGAGCGCCAUCAUGGCUGAGAUCCGUGGCAAACCUAUCCGGUCCAGCUGCUUCUAUGGGACCUGCUGCCUCCGUGGCAUGUCCUAUUCCAUCACUUUCUUACGUUUCUGCAAACAGGCCACACUACAGUUCUGCAUCGUGAAACCUGUCAUGGCUUUGACCACCAUCAUCCUCCAGGCUUUCGACAAAUACCACGAUGGGGACUUCAACAUCCACAGCGGCUACCUGUAUGUGACCCUCGUGUACAAUGCCUCAGUUAGCCUGGCUCUCUAUGCUCUGUUCCUGUUCUACUUCGCUACCAGAGACCUCCUGAGGCCCUUUGAGCCGGUGCUCAAGUUCCUCACCAUCAAAGCCAUCAUCUUCCUCUCCUUCUGGCAGGGAAUGCUGCUGGCCAUCUUGGAGAGGUGUGGGGUCAUUCCUGAGGUCCAGGCCGUGGACGGCACCAGGGUGGGGGCUGGUACCCUCGCCGCUGGCUACCAGAAUUUCCUUAUCUGCAUUGAGAUGCUGUUUGCCUCGCUUGCGCUGCGCUAUGCCUUUCCCAGCCUGGUGUACUCAGAGAAGAAGAACUCGCCAGCCCCACCAGCACCUAUGCAGAGUAUAUCCAGUGGCUUAAAGGAGACCAUCAGCCCACAGGAUAUCGUCCAGGAUGCCAUCCAUAACUUCUCACCAGCAUACCAGCAGUAUACACAGCAGUCCACACACGAAGCUCCUGGGCCUGGCCAGGGUGGGCACCCAUCAUCCAGCACCCACCCUGGCCCAGCCAGCGGCUCCGGAGGGGGUAAGAAGAGUCGCAACAUAGAGAAACGCAUGCUGAUUCCGUCAGAGGACCUGUAGGGACAUGGGGUGUGUGGAGCCUAGCUGGGGACCAUCAGCAUUUCUUUUGACAGAGGCCCAGCCUCUCCUGAGAGCUCACUGUGGGGCACAUAGGGCCUUUCUAUUCCAUAUAUCGCCCAGAGUGAAGUCACCUGGGCAAGUUGAACAAACCUAAGGACCCAGUGAGAUGUCUUAGUUACAGCCUGCAGGUGGAACUAUGAGUUGGCCCUUUCUUCCAGGGGCGGAAGAAGCACAUGGUUAGAUCCCAGGCUGUGUCACUGCAGAGAGAGAUGGCCAGAGAGAAUGGGCCCAGUCACUCAGGCCUGGGGAGCCGCAUAGCCUCGGCCUGGCUGUGUCUAUCUUAGAUGUAUGAAGAAGGCCCCUUGUCCUGCGUUCUAACACAGAUACUCGGCGAAGCCCUCCCAGGGGCAGCCUAGCCUAUUCAGCACAACAGGGUUGCCAGUGCGCCAGCCUGCCAGCUACUGACUGCUUAUUUAUAGAUAAACUCCUUGCAUUUUUUAGAGUUUGUUGGGCUUUCUUUUCAUGUGGGGCUUGUCUUCUGAGUGAUGGAUCACUAAGUAGUGGGUUCACUGGGGCCUAUGGAGCGAGGCUGGGUGUCAGAAACAGCCAAGGUGUGAGCCACGAUGUGGCUCAGAGCAGUAUAGGGCAAAGGGUGUGGACCUUGUCCCCAGAUGACCAGCUCUGUUCCACAACAGAAGUUGGGACAGUCACCUCCCUUUGAACCUCAGGUUGGCCCAACCCUAAAGUGUUUAAUAAAACUUGUGGCACAGCCUAGCA